UUUGUUGAUCUUCCAUCUUCUUGACAAGCUACACAGCUACAGUUUCACGGAAAGAUCGCAUGGAUGGGAGCUCGGGCAAGAUGAGCUCUUUCAUUAGCCAGGAUGCAGAAACAGGAAGCCAGAUAUCUGCACUUGGCAGUAGUGCAAGUCCCCUUUUACAGUCGUCUUCAGGAAAUUUCCGUUCUUUUUCCCCGUCUCGUCGUCUGUUCUGCCUCUUGACCGCAUUCGAUUUUCUUUCCGCUUUAUUUAUUUGGAUUUUGCGCGCACAUGUGAGUAUUAUAUCCUUUUCUUUUGCUUACAAAAUUAAAUUCGUUAGAUCCUGUUGCAUUUCUCAGUCUAGGACUGGAUACCUUAUAAGUGUAUCAAGAUGAAAUUGAAUUGAAUUGCAUCAUGGAAACAUUAAUGGAGACAAUGCGAUUGUCACGAGACCGUGACAAACUCAAUGAAUUAUUCCUGGAAAAACAUACCUUUGUUCUUUAAACAUGGGUCAGCAUGGGAAAGGGUGUUACGAAAACUAAGGGUCGAAUAAUAAAGGACUCGAAGUAUGACUGUUCCAAGUGUUAUUCGUCAAAUUAAGCUUAACUUCCCUCAGAUCCUUUUCGUCGAAUUGGGAUGGAUUAAGGGGUCUUAAAAUUUUUUUCAUUGCGAAAAGUAAAACACCCUCAAAUCUAGCCUGCAUGGUAGGCGCAAAAAACCACAGGAAGGCAGAGAAAACAGCCAGAGGAGAAAGUAAGAGGAAAAAAUACCUAGGGCCCUCAGAGAAUCAAAAAAAAAUUCCCUAUACCUAAAAUUAAACCCCCAAAAAAAUCCCAUGCCGAAAUUUCUGAGCCUUUAAAAAUUCCAUGCAAAAAGAAUGCUCUUGAAUGUAUAUAGUACAUCCUGAAUUUAUCUUUCCCUUAUCUGGUACUCUAACACUACGUGGCCGUCUCAUAUGCAUGCAGUACCGCAAGAAAUCUUCAGUUUUUUUUAAUCCCUUCUUUAAUUAGGGCACCUCAAAAAUUACUUGCCAAAUUUUCCCACCCAAAAAAAUUCCAGAAUCGACAAUUUCAAACCCAAAAAAGUUCUGUGAUCAUCCCUGUCGACACUUUAACUCCAGAGUACUCCCCAGGGAGCACUUACUCUCUUGAGACGGUGAAUUUGUAUGAUGCCCUGUCAUGUUAACCCACUUGUCUGAUAAGAUCAACUGUCCCCAUGGCACCAAUUGGAGCAGGGUUCCACUUCUCAAUGUUUUGCAAAACUUCAGAUGCAUUACUUUGAAAUUGUCAUAUCAAGACAUUGUUUUUUCAGGUGAUAUCAUUUAUUAUGAGCAAAACAGAACAGUUCUACCAUCGCAGAAGUUUAGAGUUGCCCUUAAUAUGAAAGUGGCCCAGCAAAGUGUGUGUUUUUUAUUUACACUGGUACUCUGAUUUACUUUUUACAGGCUUUCAGUGGUCAGGGGUUCAAAGAUGCUUUGAAGAAAGAUGUCAUACAUUACAAGUUUAAUGCCUCUUUGUUCGAUAUUGUGGUAAGUCAAAAUGCUUACUGAGGUAAGAUCUUUCUCCAGAAGGGUUGGGGUGUAAGUGACCUUUUUUUCUCUUAAAAGCGAGACUGCUCCAGUUAUAAGCUGCAUUUGGCAACAGACAUUCUUCAUAUGCACUGAACUAAAAGGUCGUGCUCCAUGAUACACAGUGAGAAAACAUGUUAACAUGGUGUGAAUGGGUGCAUGGAAGUGUGCAAGUCAAACUUGAUGCAGAAUUAAAAAUGAUUUUCUUACGGGCGAUUUUCUGUAUAAGAAUGAAGUUUCAGACAACUUUCCUAGGAAGAUACAUCACAACAAAUUUUAAUUCUGCACAUGUAGCAUGCACGACUCUUUUAUUGGCAUCAGUCCAUGAAAAAAAAUGAAAAUGAUGUUCUACACGUCUGACAAAUUAACCAAUGUUUUGGAAUGUGUCAUGUUUGUCAGCCAAUUUCAUGUACAUUGUAAGAUAGGUACUUUAAUACAUCUCAUUACAUUUGAUUCGACUUCAAAUGCAAACUUGUGCCAGAUGAUUGCGAAAACCACUCGAAAGCUUUCGCGUGUCUUUUAUUGUUCAUUGUCAACCAAAGAUUAUUUUUAUAAAGACUAUGUAAACAAACCCGUCGCAUGCAUCAACGCUAUUUUUAAUCACUUCGUGGUAUCAUAUUACGGCUACAGUAAGAAGUAAUCGGAAGCGGAUUAGNGAUGAUUGCGAAAACCACUCGAAAGCUUUCGCGUGUCUUUUAUUGUUCAUUGUCAACCAAAGAUUAUUUUUAUAAAGACUAUGUAAACAAACCCGUCGCAUGCAUCAACGCUAUUUUUAAUCACUUCGUGGUAUCAUAUUACGGCUACAGUAAGAAGUAAUCGGAAGCGGAUUAGUAAACAUGUUUAAAAAUCAUGAAAAAGAACAUUCAGGGCAUGAUGAAAACAAUUUCUUUUUCUAUUCUGUUUUCUACUUUACAACUUUUUUUUAAUCCUCUAUUUUUCGCUUUUUUUCAACAAUUUACAGCUGGCGAAAACCUCAGAGUAGCCGGCGAUAGCGACGGUCGCCGGCGCAUUUUGACAACCCUGCUCACCUCUAGGGACAUUUUUGCUGGAGAGACAUCUGUGCCUUAACAACAGAAACUCCAUGCUAAUGAUGUAAAAUCCAUCUGGGAUUGGUUGACGAAGUAAUUCUGUUGUUUAGCUGUUGUUUACUAAUGACAGACAAAAGACAAAAGGUCACAAAGGUCAAAAGUGAAAGAGAGGAAUCAACCACAAAACAGUCAUUAUUGGUGGAACAUUUUCUUCUUUAGAGGAAGUGAUCUCAGUUUUCUGCAAUUCAUUCACAGAAGAACUGAAUUAUUUGCCAUAAUAGACCAGGAGAGGCAUAAACUCGAACAAAUUUACAUUUGGAACACCAUGACUACCAGAUUAAUCAUGUAAACAUUGAUUUACAGUAUCAGUAUGGGAUUUCUGUAUUUGAGGCACAGAUGUCUCUCUGAUCUAUUUCUGAGCUCGGUUAGGAGUCACUUGGGACCAUACAUUUCUAUUUCAAAGGCCCCUUCAGUAUGGUAAUAAAAACAGCACACAUGCAAUCACCACCUGAGUGCCCCCCCCCACCCUCCUUGGGAAAAGUUCUGAGAAAAAAAUUCAGGUGUAGUAGAGUUGGUGUGAAAAUUCAGCAUGAUGUUGUGUUAUCAUAUUGUCUUAGGCAGCUGGUAGUAGUACCAGCUGAACAUUAUCCAAAGUACAAUGAAUGCUGAUUCAAGAUCUCAGAGGCAAACACUGCUGGAAAAUUCUCAAACUUCUAUCCGUCUAACUAAUGUAAACAACCAAACUAAAACCUUUAACAACCCAACCUGUGAAGUGUUUUUUAUUUGUUUGGCAUUUUUGUGUCAAUGAACUGUGUUUUCAUUGCCUUCCAGCUGUUGGCGUUAUGGCGAAUGAUUGUUCUUCUUCUUGCUUAUGCUUUUUGUGUCAGUCGCAAGUGGUAUGCUGUUGCUGUAAGUAUUGGUUCAGUGUUUCAGUGUCUUUAUUGGUACUAAUAUUUACAAAUAUGUAAAGUUUUUAAAUAAUUAACUCUAAUUGAUUAUGGUAUAAUAAUAAACACUGCUCCAGAGGGAAAUAGUUGAUUUCUUUUCCAAGAAUCUCAAUGUUUACUGAGGCAGAGCUGGGGGAAACAUUUAGAUUCUCGGGAAAUAAAGUUAACUGUUUCCUGGGGAACCAGUCUUUAAGUGAUUUGUUAUAUAGCUGGAAAUUUUGAAGCUGGAAAGUCAUUAAACCUCACUUUAACAAUGGUCGUUGGUCAACAUUCCAGGGCUUCUGAUAUUUUGCGCGGUUGGAGAGCGGCAAAAUUCAGGUAAUUCCGCGAAAUCUCUCGAAAUUCACAAAAACACGAAAAUUAAUAAUGUCUGUACAACUUAUUUGGAACUUAUUUCAGCUAUAGGAGCUAUUUACUUGCUGUAAACAUGCAAAUUUAUCUUGGAACUUCGUCACUGAAAUGUGCAAACGACAUCCCGAAACUACCAGGAGUAGGUUAUGUUGCGAAAAACUGGGCACUAGCCAUGAUGUUAAAGGCUUUGCCAUUGGUUCAUUUCUGGAGCGUAUUGUUGUUGUAAGAGCAAAUGAUGACCUCUGUUAGAAAAACGUUAAAAACGCUGGUCUGAUCGGCGCAAAACCGAUCGAUUUCUAGCAAAAUUUGCCCUGAAAAUAGCCACAAAUUGGCCAUUUUUUACCGAUUGCUUUUUGGUAAAGUUUGCCCUGAAAACUCCCACGAAAUUCCUGUGAAAUUGGCCAAUUUUUCCACGAAUGUCCCUAAAAAUCCUGUGGAAUUUGACUUUUUCUCUCGCGAUCUACCAGAAGCCCUGACAUUCGCAGGUAACAGUGCACCGUUACCCUGUGACAUCAUAGAUUUUGCAAUGUUGCCUGCUCACAUUUUGGCAGGAAGCAGUUUCAUUGCUAGAUGUCAUGUGAUUUUGAAGUAACCAAUGAGAGCUCACACUGUUGAGAAAAUAUUUUCAGCUGUAUAACAAUAAUUAUUUAUAUUGAUUUUAUUACCUUUCAAGACUGUUAUCUACUAACAGUCCUUUUCAUGUAAGGUCAGUGUUCUUCCCAGCAUUUGUAAAGUGCAAGGGUAUUCAUAAAGCUUGAUCCAAACAGGCUGUUGACAACUGGAUCUUCACACUGUGACCAGUGACAAUAGUCAUUUUGUAUAAACAGAGUAAAUCCAUAUAAAUAAUAACCUGCAAAAAGGCUUCUUAAAAUGAAGAUUUUGUUAUGGGUUAAUGUUUCAUUGAAAGUUGUUAAGCCAGGCUUGUGCAGCAGUGAGUGUCUUUUCGUCAGUUCAAGCACAAAACAGGCAUCCAAGGAGGACACUGAUGGUUCUUAGUUUUGACCUGUUUUUUAAAUUUUAUUUGUCUAGGUGACUACCACAGUAACAACUGCCUUUCUUCUUGUUAAAAUUAUACUGACACAACUUGCGGUAAGUUAAAUUGUUUCUCAGGGUGUAGUUGUUCUGCUUUCCAAUAUUUUUUUGAGUAUUCUGUUUUUGAAUGACAUAACGUGUAUUGGGUGGUGGGGAUUAUUUGUAACUGUAAAAGACACAUUAUUAAGGUGACAAUCAAUGCUUUGAGGCAAUGCAGAACUAUGCCAAAGGGAAACAAAAUCUAAAUAGAUUUUGAAUCUUUUAGUGCAAAAUGAAGAAUAAAACACAUUUAUAUUAUAAUUGAUGUGUUGAUUGUUGUGAGAUCUGCAUCCCACUUUUUCUUUUAAUAUACAUUUGGAAGCUUUUAAUUAAUGACUUACCAUCAAGAUAACUCAUAAAAUAUCUACCGUGGCAAUUUUCGUUCUCUAAGCUUCUCUAUCUUUGGCAGCUGCUUUUACGGUUUCCUUUUGUCAUUACUUUUGACCCUAUGAGAUAGUUCACUUUCAGCCACAGGCUUCCACAUAGCAUCGCUGUUGAAACCAUUUCACUUUCCUGUUUGUCUCCUAUCACCCCCUUGCCAUAUUUGCUAGUUUGUUUGUUUUGUUUUUAAGCCUGUUGCCUGUUUGUAGAAUGCUUGCAGUUAUCUACUACCAUAUUCCUAGGUAGACUAGUCCAUGGUCCUAACCUUUGAGCUUUCCCAGAGCUGCUCGGUUGGUUUUAGGGCACCAGCUAGUUGCCAUGGCUUCCCCUGAAUCUGUUACAGCAACCUCACAACAUGCAUGCUUCUGGUUAAGGAGCUUUAUUGGACAAUGCUAUUUGAGAUGUUCAGAGCCUCAUCAGAAGCAUGUGAACCAGUGUCAUUUUGGUGGGAAAACAUGAAAGCUGGAUCAUAAUUCUACUACGAGUUUAGCAAAUAAAAACAAAUUAUCAAAUUAAUGUUUGAAGUUUUAACAUUUUGAGAUUGGGAGAAGGCUUAACCUCCUUUGAUUAAAGAUAGCAGUGCUAAUUUAUGUUUUUGGUGAAUAAUAAGUACAAUGAAGCUUUCCAGGGUGUCUAUUUUUUAGAAAAUACAUGAAAAAACGUUCUGUCACUGUUGAUAAUCAUUCUCAUCCUCAAAUCUAAAGGUCUCUGAUAACGUCGAUGGAAAUCGAAUACUACUGGUGUAAGGAAAUUUUUGUCAACAACAACCUGUGAUUUAAUUCAGAUGUAUUUAUCUCUGCUAACACUGUUAAUUUCCUAUUAUUUUUCUGUGCAGUCUUCCCCAGAUAAUGAAAACUUAACUCUGUAUUAUGUUCUGGUUUUGUCGUCUCUGGUGUUGUCUUGGGUGGAGUCCUGGGUGUUUGAUGUUAAGGUCAGUACAUACCCUGUAACAGCUACAUUAAGAGUAAGUACCGUAGCUGUUUUUUUACUUUUAAAGUAAUAAUAUUCCCACAAUGUUAAUGUGCAGUUAAAUGAUGAAGAUUUCCUCAAAUUUUUGACAGGUUUUGUAACUGUAAUUAAAUACAGAACCAAUAAAAAUACAUUCAAGAAGUUUUGAAGGUGGAGUCAUGCAUUUGAAAGAUUUUAUUUCUUCUUCUUUAAAAAUGCUGCGUCUCAGUAGUCUUUGAUUUUGAUUGGUUUUCGUUUGUAUUAAACCCAUGAUAUGUUCUCAAAAGUUUGUAGUGGCCGUGUCAAAGAACUGAUAGAGAUCUCGUUUGAAAGGGAAAGCUUGCAGGAUUCUCCUUGUAACAGUUUGUUAAUUUGAUGUUUUGUUUAUAGGUAAUUCCAGCAGAAGUUAAAGCAGAACAAAGAAUCCAUCAAGGUAUUGUUUGUAACAAAUUAGUGUGCUAUAUGCAGUUGAAUGAGAUUAAUCAUGAUGAGAUAGUAGAAACAAUUUAGGAGAGAAGAAGGUCUACAACUGAACCGAGUUUUAUUAUUUCAUCUCCUUCCCACAGAAGAGAGAAGACCGCUUCUUGGUGAGGCAUUUCGUGGGUAAGAAAAUUGAACAAAGAAAUAUAUAAAUCAGCCGAAAUAUUGAAAACGCUACUGCUUAAUACGCUCUUCCUUCAAGCAGUUUAAAGUAGCCAAUAUAAAACUAAGAGUGCAACGGCCAUUAACUUUUUUUUCUUCUCUUCUUUUCUUUCUCCUUACUCUUCCUCUUUUCCCUUCCUUUUCUUUUGCUGGUGUGAUUUUCAGGCAUAUCGAAUGCUAAAAAAAACUUCCAUUGGUUUUGGUUCGUUCCCACUCUGAAAUGGCUGCAAAUUUCGCUAGAUACGUUUUCAAAAAUACAGCUAGAAAUAGAUAAAUAAAAUAACAGCUCUAGUUACUAAUGAAAUCCUCCGCAAAGUUUGGCUUAAAACAACGUUUAGCUUUGUUCAAAUAGCUGAUGAAGAAAAUUUGUGUGAUCUGUUCCAGGUAUAAUACUCCAUAUUCCCUGGUAUCGGAGCAUAGUUUUUACACCCCAGAAGGUUGGUUGUCAUAUAAUUUGUUAUUACAUAAAAUUACUCUGAUUUUAACUAUCAUAACAUCCCAUAACUAUAGCCCAUUCACGCCUCAAGCUGUGCUUAAAACUGCGUGUGGGGAAUCGCCAUCUUUGUACCAUUUGUGACGUCAUCAGUCGCUUAUCAAAGACGAUUUUGAUGCAUAACUUGUACAGGAUGAAAAAUGAAACUGGGUGUGGAAAAAAAGAAACAUAUAAAAUCGAAUGGUCCUUUUGAAAGAAACUUUUGUGUCAUUACUUCAUCAGCGUUUUCUCAAGAACUUUUACCUCACUGGAACGAAAAAAUAGGGGGAAAAAGGGAAAUAAGAGGAAAGAAAAGAGCGAGGAAAAAGGCGAAAAAAGUCUUUCUACAGUCAACUCUCUCCAAGACGGACACCUUUGGGACCGGCACUAAGUGUCCGUCUUAGAGAGAUGUCCGUCUUAUAGAGAGUCAAAUAAAGGGAGUAAAGAAAGGCAGGGACCAACUCUAGGUGUCCAUUUUACAGAGGUGUCUGUCUUAUAGAGGUGUCCGUUAAGAGAGAGUCGACUGUAUUUGCAUAUGCCUUAGCAUAAAAGCUUUAUUUCCACUAAGAAUGAAAGGAAAUGUAACGAUCCUUUUUCAGUCAAUUGGUGCGUAAGCUGUGCCAUUUGCCUCUUUCCGGGCAACGUUCCUAAUAUGCUCGCCCGAGUGACAAUCCCGAGGGACUGCCAGCAGUGUUGAAAAACAUUUUGAUUGUACAGUUUUUGUUGUUGUUGUGUUAUGCCAUCCUAAAUAGCAAUUUAUGAAGUUAUAGUAAAGCUUGACAAUAUGUUAAAUUCAUGAUGGCAUUAAUUUAGCCAGUUUUUAUCCUCCUGUCCUACCCCUUCCUGCCAUUGCCUAUGUGUCCAUCCGUCGUUCGGUGGAGUGUCUGUUUUGUUAUUUCCUGUUUGGAUGUUCUUGGAGGUUUAUUUUGUGCUAUCUACUACAUACGGAUUGAUAUGGAAAGAUCGCACAAAAACGGUAAAGCUUUCGAGACCCCACACGUGCUCCGCCUAAACACAACUUUCGCAUUUACUUGAUCAAGCGCAUUUAUUUAGAACGUAUUAUCUAUGUAGCUUACUUUCAGCGAUACGGAAGUAAACAAGAAAACUUUGCUUCAGUAAGUUUGCGCGAUUGCCCUCACAAUUGUUCAGCUAUGAUGCUCAUUGUCAUUUGGUUUCGUCCUUUUGGUUGUUUUUGUUUUCAGCUUCUGACAGCGAAAUCGAAAGUGACUCAGAGGAACUGCGUAGGUCCCAACCUGUAGCAGCAAGAUUUUCCCCGCAGGUAAUGAAGAAGUCAAAGGUAUUACUGUCAGCCAGUUUAUACAGAGCGUCGCUCUUUUGAGCAAGAGGUCGAGGGUUCAAACCAAGCCAAACCGCUAACCACUCCAGGGUCUUAAACAAACUGUUAUGAUCAUGCUUGCUUGCUUUGAAUACGACCUUUUGUCAGUUCAGACUGACUAUCGCGUUGUCUCCCUUAUCCUCCCAUGUAAACUCGAAUGCAUGAUGUAGUGAUCUUGUCUCAUCGAUGCACGUGUGUUGGAAGCUCGCCCAUCCGCGACUUUAGACUGAUUCUGAUAGAACAGACUGCCUAGAUGGUAGGGUUUCGUCCAGAUGGGAUUGCUUUUUGCGAAUGGAGCAAUUUGGCGUUGGAAUUAGGGGGUUGACGAAUCCUCGACGACGACGGCAGUGAAAAUAUCGUCGAUAAAGUAAAUUCGCCUUUGUUUCUUUCCUAACUGAGUGUAUGUUCUUUCAAACGUCAUGACAUAUAGAUUUAGCUAGAGCUGAAGGCGAAGCUCCAGUUUAUGUACUUUAAAUUUACUUCAGACAAUGGACUUUAAAUCAUUGCAAAUAAAUCCUCAAAUCUCUACUUAACUUUAGGGGGGAACCAUAUGACUGAAAAAUAUAACUUGAGCCUGCAAUCAAUUAAAAACUGACAACUGGUCAGCGGAAAGCUAAAACACGUGACCUCGAUGAGUGGGAACCUGAGCCCGCAAUCUGGUCAUGUGACUCUGGUCAGCGGAUACCUUGUUUUGACGGCUGUCAAUUGAACAUAAUAUGGAUGUCUACCAUCAAGUUAAACACAGGUUACAGGCUCCAACACAAGCUAGAAAGUUUGACAUUUCACAUUGGUUUCUCUGUGGUGUGGACAGACGGGCGGACGUACGUACGGUAACGUGAUUGCUAAAAUUCUUCGGAUAGACAGAUUACUAAAUUUUCUUAGGUAUUGGGCUCCGCUAUCAUCGCGAAAUGACCUUUAAGUGCGUUGCAUGGACAUGCACCACUUUUCAUCUGUCCGUCGUUGUUGCCUCCACCCUCGUCAUUUCGUAAGUUUCCUAAUUUUUCAAGAGGUACACUUGUCUCCAUUCUUUCUGACGGCUCCAACGCGUAAGUAGAAGCACCGUUACAUUUUCUCUAAAUUCAGCCCGCUUAAAACGGACCCCGUUAAUACGGACGCUUUUUAUGCCACCCCCCCCCCCCGCGCUAGUGUUUUGUCUUAACAGGGUAACUGAAUUGUGCCCCAUGUUAAGACCCAAAGAUCUGACAUAGAAAGAGGGCUAAAAUUGCUGAGUGAUCGAUUGUUUUCUUCUGUAGGAUCUACAGUUAAUUCAAAAAAGUAAAGAAACUUUGGAAAUAACUUGGAAUUUAAUGAAUCUCACCGAUGGAUGGAAAUCAGAAAAAGUCAAGGUGUGUUUAUAAUGCAGUAGUUCAAUUUAACUGGAGGUCUUAGUUUUAAAUUUUGUUUUAUUUUUCUUGUUCAUCUAUUAAUUAGGAUGGAAUUGUCGUAGGAAGUAGAUUGCUGCCAAGUGGAAAGAAAAUCUACAGAUUAAAGGUAAUUUGAUAAAAAAACAUAUAUUUUUUGAGGUUGCAGACUUGGCUUUGGAAUAAUAAUUUUGGGAGAAAUUAAUACUUUUCUUGUCAAAGGCAAUGUCAAAACGCGAUAUUAGCUCUUAAAGGUACUAUCUAAUGCCGGCCUUUUGUUAUUUGUAGUCCUCUUUGGAUGCUAAAGCUGAAGAUGUAUUUAGUCUGAUCAUUCUACACCCAGAGGAUGCUUCUAGAUGGGGAGGAAACAUCACUUCUUCCUACGUAAGUUGUUCAUCCUCAGUUCAAGCUUCUCUAGGACAGUAAUAGUUGGAAGCUUAAGCAACGACGACGGCGACGCCAACGAGAACUGCAAAAAAGCAAUGGGUUUAAAUUGGCAAAAUAACAACUCUGCACGUGCAUCACUCUUUUUUGUACAUUUCUUUGGAAAAAUCUGAAACUAUUGCACGUAUACUACAACCUUACAAUAUACGUGUUGCACACAAACGUACAACCACUUUACAACGACUACUUACUAAUGUCAAGGACAAAGACGAACAGGAUGACAGACAGGGAGCAGUAUACAAGAUCAAAUGCUGCGACUGCUAGGCCACUUAUAUCUGUAAAACUGGUAGAAACCUUAGCAUGCGACAGACCGAACACAAACGAGCAACAAGAAAUGGUGACGUCAACAAUCACAUUACUAAACACCAUUUACAGACGAAACAUCAAAUGGACUGGGACACUGCCACGUGUAUUACGUAUUCUACAGACUACUAUCAAUGACUCGCUUUAGAAAGUUGGUUUACUAACUUUGAACAAACGCCGCUGAAUUGUAAUCAACAGUUAACGGCACCGUUCAAACGACUUAUUGACGAAGCCAAGCAAAACUAACUACUAGAGAAUGACUGGACAACCGACAGUUUAACUAACAAUAAAUGACUGUUUAAUUGUGACUGUUUAAACGCACCAAUGACAUAACGAGUCAACAUCACAGCUUAACUGACAGACGACCAGUAACAUCGCGACUUAAUUGACCAAUGAGAUCAAUAACCAGUUAUACCAUCAACUGACGUGAUACAACUCACUUUGACUCUGAAGAUGUCUACCGCACAGGUUGCCGAAACGUCCCAGUCUUCUUUGUUUAAUCUCCCUUUAGCUUUCUUCGGAUCCGAUUGACUGUCCUUAGAUCUCAAGGAUAUACUUUCUACUGUAAUUGGCUUUUUUCCCCUAGGUUGUUCGCCAGAUUGAUCGUCAUACUGAUAUUGUUUACAAUAGUGUUGGUGAGGCUGGAGGAGGCAUGGUCUCUGCUAGGUUAGUAAAAUAUGCGCCGAUCUGAAAGCCAAUGUCCACAAUAGGCGACAAAAUGAGUUGAGACACUUCGCCCUCAAUGGACUUUUUGACGUUUUCCGGACUUCAGAAGGGGAAAAGAUAGCUUUUCCUCCCCCAUCCCCUCCAUGCAAUGUUGUGCCACUGUUCGAGCCACCUUUAGAAAACAAGAAACAUCCCAACUUUGAAUGGAGGAGACAGGGAAGGGGUGGGGAUUCUUAUUUUCUCUGAAGUUACCCUAUUUGAGUACAGUGUCUCAACAAUUUUGUCGCCGAUUGUAGCUUCACAGUGAAAAACUUUAACUUUCACAUCAGCCAACACCAGGAAGCAGUUUAUAAUUAUCGGUGAACUUAAGAACACUUUAAGUCGGUCAAUAUAACUCUUUUUGUUUUGGGUGAUAUUUCAUAUAUUUUCUUUGAUACCUCCAUCAGAGAGCCUCCUUGCUAAUUAUUUAGAAAGAUAAACGUCAUGCUGUACGAACAGGCCUAUCUAUGGAAUCUCGCCUUUCUUAUUUAAAGAGCAGCGGGAAUUACACCAUUUCAUAGUUUAAUCAUAUUCUUGCAUAUAUUUUACUAGCCAUAUCAUUAGCUCUUAUACUCAUUCAUAUUGAUGUAGAACUUCUAUAUUUCCUUGGUUUUAUUUAUUUUGUACUUAGACUUUGUAUAUUCGGAAUCUUAUGUUUUUUGUAAUUUUAAUUUAGAUAGAGGGCUACAAGUUUACUAGUUUCUGGAACUAUUCCGUGCUACCCUCUUUAAUUUAAGUGUAUUAUUAUUAUUAUUAUUAUUAUUUGUUCGGGUUUUGAUAAAGAAAUAACGUUUGCUGGGCAAAUCUAUGAUAGCAAAGUCUGCUGGCAGUUCUUAAACCUCAGAAGACUAAAUUUAAUGUUUAUUAAGUUUAUCGGUUGUCUUAUAAAUGUAGAGGAAAAGCCUCUAUCUGGGGAGUGUUAAUUUUAUAAAAUGUAUACCUAUUAACCUCCUAAAGUGGUGGAGCGUCGGAACCUUUGUUAGUGGCAGGGUGGCAGCAUUUAAAAGAGAAAAACGUUGACACCUUUUCCCGAGCCAACAGUGCUCAGGCGUGCUCUAAUUAUCUCGCUUUAUCUGAGUUCACCCGGCUGGGCAAACCAAAGUGUUUUUAUGGAGAUGAAAGUUGGCCAGGCUAGGAAGGUGACAUCGGCUACUCGAAAAAGGGUGACCCUGCUAGGCAGGUUACCCUUCUAGCUCAGCAAACUUUUUGUUUCCUUUCUAAAAAAAAAAAGUUGGCUUACCUAUGGUAGCUCGGGUAGGCGAGUGACCCAUCUACCUGGGACAAGUUUUUGUCCACGUAACUAUAUUUAUUAUUCAUUCAAAAUAUUACCCCGUUUCUGAUUGGUUAAAACCACACGUCUAAUUCACCUUAACCAGCUACUGUUGACCAAAUUUGGAAAGAAUUUUGUCAUAUUGAACCGAUGACGUCAAAAUGACGUCAAAAGUGCAGCCUGGUUGCAGGUUACUGAGCCGUUGACUGUGAAAACCUGGGGACGAGGUUGAGUUGUUUUGGUAGUUAGAACAAAAUGGCGGAACAUUUUACUCGUUUCACAGCGAAAUAUUGUCUAAAAACAUGGUAAGAACAGCAUGAAGACGGACGACAUCUGCUAUUUGAAGUAUAUUUGCAGACCUGAACAGACCUUUAUCUCCUUAACUUCCCGAUAAAGAUGCAUUAUCGAUAUAAACUUACAUCGACCAAGGUUAUCAUGAUUUACCUUGUUUUUAAACUUGAAAUUAUUUUGAAGGAAUAAUAAAACAAUUAUUGAAUUCGGCUUUCGUAGGAUAUCAAGAAUUCUGCAGAUCUCGGAGGGUGUUAUCACCCUUCUCGAUCUGCAGAACUCAGCCUCAUUCAAUAAUUGCUAAAUAUCUUCUUUCUGUAAACGGGCCUCAAUAAUUGUCUUCCCCUAACAGCUGGAAGAUCCAUAUCUAUCAUGGCUUGUACUCUCGUUAGUAAAUGUGUACACCUUAUUUUGUUCAGGGAUUUUGUGAACCUUCGCCGUUGGGAGAAGAGAGGAGACGUAUUUCUGUCUUGUAACGUAGCAACUGAAGUUGAUGAAGCACCGCCUAAAAAGGGACAUAUAAGGUGAGACAUUAUCACAGAAAGACAAAUAAUUUGGAUCACAGCACUGGCUGGAUGACAGUGAUAUUCAGAAACUGUUUAUUACAAAGUUCGCUGUGAUCAGCCCUCUUGUACGUGUGGGAAAAAAAAUGCACUUGAGUGUUACGUGUGAAGUAUCCCACGAGUGGCUUGAUUUUUAACAGGUGCCUAAAAACUUGUGUGCGUACAAAGAAAGAUAAAGGCACGAUUAGGAUAUUCAUGGUACAGUGAGUCGAACUUCCACUAAUGGUCACCUCUCUACAACGGCCACCGUGUUUUUGGCAGACAGUCCAUGCAUUCACUCUUGUUUCAACCUCUCUACAACGGUCACCUGUCUACACUGGUCACUUUCUUCUGUCCCCAUGGUGGCCAUUGUGGAGAGGUUACUGAGCAAAUCCUCGCUUGCUGAUUGGUCGAGAGCUAUGGUCUAUGAGAGUAUAGACAUGGAAAUGACGUAACCGUUUAAGCAGUGCGGUUGUUUUACUUCGCAGGAAACUAAAAAUAAAUCGACCACAAUUUUCCAUGGUCUACACUCUUAUAGUCCAUAGAAAUGACGCCAUAAAAUGUUCAAAACUUUGCAGUGAAACCUCUCGCCUGCGGCUCAUGGUUCCACUUGAGUUUUGAACAUUUUAUGACAUCAUUUCUAUGGUCUAAAAGAGUGUAGACCAUAGAAAAUUGUGGUAGAUUUGUUCAGUAUACUCGUAUACCACGAGCGGGCUACAAGCACUGCCAGGAUAUUUUUCGUGAGUACAAUUACCCGCCACAGAAUAUGCAACGGGUUUCUAGCUCUCUGAUUGGCUGUAUUCUUUUUUUGCAUGGGAUGUUUAGAAGAAAACUCUAAUUUUUUAGUUUAUAUAGCACUCCCCCACCCCACCCCCCGCUCCUACUUAGAGGGGCUAUGUUACGAGGAUCUUGCUGUUUUUAGUCAAUUCUGUGCUUACGUCAUUGCUUAGUGUCUUUACCCGUACACAUAAUGCUCCCAUGGAGUUAAGGAAAACAUAUCAAACAGAUUUCAACAGGGAGCACCGAUCAUAAUUAGUUGGCCCACUUUUUUCAAUCCAUGUCCAUCCUUUUCAUCCGCAGCGACAGACGACAGAAAACAGUUUCAAUGCCUAAAUAUAUUUUUUAAGUAACAAAAGUGGACCAUUAUUUUUGGUCGAUUGAUGCAAAGACAGGUUGUUAAAAAGGCAACCUGUAGCGUGAAAUAGCUCCUUUUACCCUAAGGACUUCAUCAUGGCAGUUUUCUUAGCUCAAUUUCUUAUAACUGAAGUUUGUUUGUUUGUUUAUUUUUUCAGAGCUGAAAAUGGUCCCGGUGGCUGGGCUAUGCGAGAAGCCGAGGGGAAUCCAAACAGAACUGAAUACGUCUGGUUGUUUGAUGUAGAUCUUAAGGUAACAGCUACUAGACAAGCUGGGUUUUUUGUCUUAACCGUGAAUUCAGACGGGAAUCAGCAGGGUCUUCACACAAGGGCUCUUGACACGAACUGCUCAUGAUAAAGUUGUUUCUCCUCUUGUCUGUUUUAACAGGGCUGGCUACCACAAUCGGUCAUCGACACCGCCAUGUCCUUUAUGUUAUAUUCUACUGGGCAGGGACUGAAGACCUUUGUCCGGGAAAGUCUGGGCUCAACAGAAAACCAGCCGAGAGAAGACUAGACGCAAAUGCUGAGGGUAGUAUUGAUGGAAUAAGAAAGGCGCCGGCCGCCUUUACAUGGAAACACCUUUGUUUGUAGCAAGAACGAUAUGUCUCAAUAAAACUUGUGCUUUUGAGGGGCACAUGGAAGGCAAGAAUGCCGGUUGCUUGACAAGUUAAAAUCUAAACUAGGAUAUUUCGUUUCUGCCAAAAAAACGGUGGCCGUUUGCGAAUUCAUGCCAGUUUAGUCGCGCGAAAACCGGAUGUUGAGGAAACAAAUCGUGCAUCUUGUCGGCAAAGAAAUUCUGUGUAAGUAGGCUUAAAACCAUUCCGAUCUCUCGACGUAGGCUGUUUAUCCUAUUUUACCCACUUCACCGAGAAGGGAAAAUGUAUCCGCUACUGUGUCCUAGUUUAUGUUGGUUCAACGAAAUUAAAUUUCUGAAGUUUCGUGUCCUGUUGCUCGGCUCUGCCAAGAGCGCUUGUUUUGAGAUCUUUCCACCGUGAUUAAUCACAAAGCGAUCGCUGAAAGGACAUUUUUUCAAAUUAAGAUCUGUUUAAUUUACUGAGAUUUUACUUUUUUUUAACUCCAGACGUUGUUUUCGAUAAAAACACAAGUUUUAUAACUCGUGAAAAUUAUGUGAUAUAUGAUGAUAUAUGAUUUAAAUUAGGAAUAAAUAUUUU